UCUGACGUCUUUGACCGUCUCUUGAGUGAAAGCACUUACAAAUGGCAGAAAAUCGUGAUAGUGGGGCUCUUCCACCAGGCUGGGAUCGGAAGUAUGAUCACCGGACAGGGAGAUACUACUACAUCAACUAUUUUAAUAAAACAACAACAUGGGAAGAUCCAAGGCUUCGAUAUCGUCAGCUGGCACAGCCCACUCCACAGCAAGUUCCAUCCUCUGUUCCAGAAUCCAUUCCCAUGCAGCACGGAUCUCCAGAUUCCAGAGGUUACCAUGUGUACCCUUCAAAUUCUUCCCAGUACCCACCACAACCAGCUUUCCAAAGUCCAGCCCCAUAUAGCCAUCCAUCAGUGUACUUUCAGGAUCUGACAAAUGUUCGACCAAGUCCCAUACCUGGUAGAGCAGUAGGACCUGUCAAUCCAUAUGCUUCUCCAGCACGCACCGUGGAGACUACUAUGACCACUGACACAGAGCAGUCUGUUGCGAAGAUUAGCGCCGUGUUUCCUACUGUGUCUGAUACCCAUAUUAGGGCACUGCUAAUGAAGUAUCAUAAUCGUGAAGCGGUGGUUAUGAGCGCGCUGCAGGUGGAGAAGCAUCCCAUUAGCACUCCUGGGCCAUAUGCCACACCACCUCUCCAAGGCAGGCAUUUUCAUGCACCUGGUGGAGGAUUUUCUGCUUUGCAGAUGACUCCUCCCCUUGGGAUACGUGAUAGUCCACAGGCUGGCUCCCCCAUACCACGCCCUGGUUCAGGUGCCAGUGGAAGCUAUAUUGGCACACCAAGAAUUGGGGAUGUAUAUCGGCGACCCCAUUCUUCCCCCAAGAUGAAACUGAGAUAUCUGAAGAGUGUGUUUCCUAAGGUGGAAGAAACCCUACUUUUGGAUAUUCUCUCAAAUUCUGACAAUAAUGUCCAGAAAGCAACAGAAAAGUUAAUUGCUAUGGGGUUUGAGAAGCGGGAUACUCCUCCUCCAAGACUUACAACACGAAAGAAUGAAGAACAGCAGAAAGUGAUGCAGGAACAUCGGCCAGCAUUGCCAACUCCACCUCCUCGUAUGAAGAGUCUUGAAGAGAAGCAGAAGAUGAAAGCAAGGCUACAAGAGAAAUACCAAGACAUUCCAGAGCGUGUGAUAACCAUAGCAUUAGAGAGUGUUGAUUUUAAUGAGGAACGAGCAUGCCAGAUAUUGAAUAUAAUGGUACAAGAGGAAGAAAAGAAUAAAGCAAGUGAACCAGCAUCUGUAAGAGAAAGCCAGCCAGAUGAAGCCCAUCCAACUCCACAGCCAACUGUAGAGCUUGAUGCAGUUCAGGGGCCAUCACCAGUACACAGACCAACAACCAGGAAGGCUCCUGAAAAAGCAGAUAAAGGCCAACACCGAAGACCAAAAGGAAAGAAGGACAUUCCCAAAGUUUCUCGUGGUACAAGUACUACUGAAGACAAGGAGUACAAAUCACCAUAUCUGAUGAAGGUCUGUGGGCCAAACAGAGAUCUGUAUAAGGGACCAAAUGAUGAGCUGUUACUGGCUGAUUAUGUUACUUGGAAUGGACCAAAUAUUGAUCUCUUGGGAAAUGGAGGGAGAAGCUCAUUAGCAAAAGGACCCAAUAAAUCACUGCUCCAAGGAGAACGCUCAUACAUAGCAAAGGGCCCCAACAGUGAGUUGAGGAAAGGGCCAAUGAGAGGAUUGGCAAAGGGAAGCAUCUAUUCUCAAUUGACUGCCAGUAAUGGUAGUGAAUCACGUGGAAAAUAGCAUCAUGUUUGCUGUCUUGUAUAAGGACGAUGCAUGGUAAAUAAAUAUCAUCAUCCUUAAAAUUACUUUGGUAACUUCUAUACAUAGAUUUCAGAGCAAAAAAAUUAUUCUACAGUAAUCUUUCCCAGUACAUGGCUCAACACAGCUUUUUUCCUCUCUCUGGUAAAAUAAGCAAAUAUUAGCACUUAUGAAGUGUGUGUAGUGUGUAUUAAUUGUAGGAAUCCAAAACCAAAGGGACUUAAGCAUUUUAAAAUUGUCAUUAAUAUGAAGAGACAUGGGCAGAGCUCACUGCUGGUAAUCCUCUUUGGAGAUUAUGUAUUGUUGUUUCUACUGCUCACCCUGCUACUGCCACAAGUAUAAUAGACAGUAUCAGAUUUGAAAUGUUACACACCUGAAGGUAUAGAAUGAAUCUACAUAUUAUACAGGUCACUGAAGUUUAUGCCUCAGUUUGACUCUGCAUAUUUUUUUAUAUUGUAGAUUUUGGUUUUCUCAAUAUAAUGAUUGAGUGAA